CGGGGCAAAAUAAAACAACCAUAAUUCCUAAAUCUUUCAUUUUGGAACAUAACCCUAAAGGGAAAAAAAAACUGGAACACUCCAAAGAAGAAAAUGGAAGACGAAGUUGAGAGGCGACAGAUCCAACAGAUUCUGGAGCUCGACGACGAAGAGUUACAGAUCGAAGAAGUCGAAAGUCUUCUCGAAUCCUCCGACGAUGAUCGCGAUGCCACUGGCGUUGUUUCACCUGAUCACUUUACUUUCAAUACCCACUUGACUUCCUUACAUUCAUAUCUCGGCGAGGUUGAUGAUACGCGACACAGAUCUGCUUUUUGGGACGGCGGUGCCGUUUUGAACCUUCCUUUGUUCUAUCUUGAAGGGGUAGUCCUGUUCCCCGAGGCCACACUUCCACUUAGAGUUAUUGAACCGAACUUUGUAGCUGCUGUUAACAGAGCAAUGACCCAGGCUGAUGCUCCCUACACCAUGGGGGUGGUCCGUGGUUACAGAGACUCUAAUGAUGGACCAUUAAGGCUAGCAAAAGUAGGGACAACCGCAGAGAUUCGGCAAUAUCGUCCAGUGGAGGAUGGUUCUAUUAAUGUGGUUACUCGUGGCCAACAGCGGUUUUGUUUGAAACGCUGUUGGAUUGAUGCAGAAGGAGCACCUUUUGGAGAGAUACAGAUUAUUGAGGAAGAUAUACCAUUUAGAACCCCUCGAGAUGCAUAUGCAAAAUUGGUACCGUUAAAUAAUCUGCAAGGCCAACAGAUCCUAUCUUUAAAUGCUUUAUCACAUGGAGGGAGAAAUGAUGAAAAUGAUUCAGAAGCAAAUUCAGAGGAAAGCUUUGAGAAUGAACUUACUCAAACAGAGCGGAGAAUUCAUCAGUCUGCAAUCGGUGCCUGCUAUGAUUCUGAUAGGACGGAUGAGUCGACAAGUAGUGCUGACGACAAUAAAUUAUCUGAGUCAGACAGCCAAUCAGGAAGUCCAUGUGACACUGAUUCUACCUUCUUAGGUUCUUCACCUUCUGGCCAUAAGAAAGAGGUUAGAAAUUCUGACUUGGGAAUUGGGACCAAGUCCAUGGCUCGAAAAGUGGCAGAACCAAGGUCUCAUCUUUCAAGUACAUUGUCAAGAGCAUUCGCGCCCGUUUGGGUAUAUCGUAUGUACGACUCAUUUUGUCUUGCUCAAAAGGCAGCAGAUAUGUGGAAACAAAUAGUCGGGACUCCAAGCAUGGAUGGUUUUGUGAAGAAGCCUGAUCUUUUAUCUUUUUAUAUUGCAAGUAAAAUCCCCAUCUCUGACCCUACAAGGCAGGAGCUUCUGGAAAUUGAUGGUGUUUCAUAUAGACUGCGCCGGGAAAUUGAGUUACUUGAAAGGCUUGAUCGUGUUCGAUGCAAGAUCUGUAAGACUGUAAUUGCCAGGCGCAGUGAUAUGUUGGUGAUGUCUACUGAUGGUCCUAUGGGUGCCUAUGUUAACUCAUACGGCUAUGUUCAUGAGGUAAUGACUUUCCGAAAAGCGAAGGGCUUAGUUACCAGCGGCCGACCACAUGAAGAGUACAGCUGGUUUCCUGGGUAUGCAUGGACGAUCAUAAACUGCGCAUCAUGUGACGUCCAAAUGGGGUGGCUUUUCACUGCAACAAAUGAAAAGUUGAAGCCUAAAUCGUUUUGGGGUAUAAGGAGUUCUCAAGUUAAGGAUGAAAUGCGAUAGAAUCCGUAUAUUCUCGAAUACAUCCUAAACUUUUCUCAAACUACUUUGCAACUUCAUAGACCGUAAGAGCUUAUACUGUGUUACUUUUGUAUAUAGUAUAUAACCUGGGAGCAGUAUUUUGUAUGGAAUGUAGCCUUGCCUUGCUAAAUAAAACAUCAGACAUCAGGUUUCAGCUACAA